UUCUCACAAGUGUUUGGUAAUUCUCUGUCGGGCGUAUAACUUUUUCACAUUGGAUAUUUGUUCAAACAUUCUCUGGUUAUUGUAAAUUUAAGGAAAAUGUGGAAGUACUUUGUAUUUAUUUGCGUAUUUCUACAAACUUCAAACGCUGUGUUGGAGUCCGAUGCUAAUACAUUGGUUUUGUUAGAUAAUUUAGCAAUUCGAGAAACCCAUUCAAUUUUCUUUAAAUCGUUGCAAGAACGGGGAUUUAAACUUGUUUAUAAAUUGGCUGACGACUCUGGGCUAGUGCUUUCACGAUAUGGAGAAUAUCUUUACAAAAAUGUUAUUAUAUUUGCACCCAGUGUUGAGGAGUUCGGAGGAGAUCUGAGCGUUGAAAAGUUGACGGAAUUCGUUGACGAUGGUGGUAACGUUUUAGUUGCUGCUAGCGAGCAAUCGGGUGAUGCUUUGCGUGAAUUCGCUUCAGAAUGUGGAUUUGAAGUUGAUGAGGAAGGAGCUUCUGUUAUAGAUCAUUUAAAUUAUGAUGUUUCUGAUGUUGGGGAUCACACUACUAUAUUGACUUCAGCACGAAACCUCAUCGAUGCUCCAAUUAUUGUUGGUGCCAAGAAGUCUGCUCCCUUAAUUUAUCGAGGAACUGGGUUAUUGGCAGAUAAAGAAAAUCCGCUAGUAUUACAUUUGUUGUCUGCAGAAAGUACAGCGUACAGUUAUAAUCCUGAACAGACUGUAAAAGAAUACCCACACGCAGUGGGACGGGAGACUUUGCUUAUUGCUGCUUUGCAAGCUCGUAAUAAUGCUCGAGUUGUAUUUUCUGGAUCUCUACACUUCUUUUCUGAUGAAGCUUUUACAGCACCUGUCCAAAAUGCACGAGAUGGAACAAUAAACAAACAAGCAAGUAAUCAAGGCGUAGCCACAGCAAUCAGUAGAUGGGCAUUCGGCGAAAGUGGACGUUUACGUGUUGCUAGAGUGAACCACCACAAGGAAGGAGAGUCUCUACCGCCAGAACAAGCUUACACAAUUGUCGAUCCAGUUGUAUAUACUAUAUCAAUAGAAGAAUUGGUGGAGGAAAAGUGGCAACCGUUCAAAGCAAAUGAUGUGCAGUUGGAAUUUGUUCGAAUCGAUCCAUUCAUACGUACUACACUGAAGCAAGUAAACGGUGGACGCUAUGAAGCUAGAUUUAAGAUACCUGACGUGUACGGAGUGUAUCAAUUCAAGAUAAACUACGAUCGAGUUGGUUACACGCACCUAUACAAUACCACCCAAGUAUCUGUUCGCCCUCUGGAACAUACAGAAUAUGAACGAUUCAUUCCUAGUGCAUACCCCUACUACAGCAGUGCUUUCUCCAUGAUGAUUGGCGUUUUUAUCUUUUCAUUUGUGUUUUUACACUUCAAGGAAGAAAAUAAUGCAGUCUCUGCAAAGAGUGGUAAAGCAGAUGACAAAAAAAUUCAAUAAACAAAGAUGAACUGCCACCAAGUAGGCGAAAUUGUAAUGUAAUUUUUAAGCUAAUAAAUACAUCUUCAGAUUUGAACAAAUAAAGAAAUCGAUUAAAGAAACAAGUAAAA